AAGAGAUCAGUAUCACUUUCCGCUGUUUAAGCCAAAAAACAGUCUCGCCACUUUUUUUUAUUUCAUUUUUAGUCAAGACAAAAUCACCGAAGAAUCAUGAAAAUUUCAUUGCUUGUUGCUUUCGCCUGUGCCAUCUACAUUGCGAACGCAGCCUCAGUCUACACACCGGAGGUGAUUAGAGAAAAAAGAUCCCCGGUCCUAGGAAGCUUAGCCCUAGGAGCUGGAGCAUUAGGGGCUGGUGCAAUAGGGGCAGGACUCCUUGGUGCUGGAGUUCUGGGAGCAGGCGCCCUAGGAGUUGGUCUAGCCAAAGGAGCAGUCAUUGGAGGAGUUGUUGGAAGGAGUCUUGGUGGAUACGGAGGCUAUGGUGGAUAUGGAUAUGGUGGUUACAGAUAUGGAUACAGCCAUCCUGUACAUGUAGUUUAUCACGACUACUAUGACUGGUAAAUGAAGUCCACAACUUCUGCCAGACAAAGUGUACAAACGUAUCUUACGCUUAUUUUGUAGUACUAAUAUUUAAUAAAUUUUUGUUGCCUUUAAGUAAUAUUGUAUUUUAUUUCCUCUAGUGGUCAGAAGCAAUUAGAUUUAAUUAUUAAUAAAAUACUUGCCUGGGUAGAAAGAAGGGAUAAGAUAGGAAGAAAUAAAAGCCCAACUAUUAUUUCUACAGGUUUAAUUACAUUAAUAGUAAAAUGCAUAUUUUUUUUUUCAUCUGAAAGAAACUCUUAUACAUAUCAAAGUGUCUUAAUAAAAAGUCAUUUACCUAAUUCCUACAAAUAGUAUGUACAAAAUCAUUCAAACUUCUUCAUUUUACUACAAAUGUAUUGACUACAAUAUAAAAUAGUUUGGGUAUAUUAUUUCAGUUAAAUGAGUCGUCUAAUUCUUGUCACCCUGUAUAAAAGCAACUCAGCGAUAAACCUCGCAAUUUUUAUGUCUGCUAAUAAUACAUCAUUGAUCAAAUACUGUUGUACAAAUAUUAGAUUUCGAGGGUUAGUGACCACAAUAAUACAAAGUCGAAUCAAAUUAGAUUAGCUAUAUUUAACAAUCUUUUAGAAAUUUGAUAUUUUCAGAAUACAUUGAGGCUUUUCUCGUAUGUAUACGUGACAAUGAUAAAAAUACCACACCCAAUGGAAUUUACAAGCCAAGUCCGAUUUAUUUAAAACUGAAAAGCAUCGAGCUCAGUCAAGGAUCUUUAACAGCGGGGUAAAAGCCCUAAAGACAUCCAGAUUUUUAGAAAACAUUCAUUUCAC